UCUUCUCGCCUCUUGUACGCCGUCUGCUUCACUCCUUUCUCCCUCCGUGUGUGUGGUUUUGCUUCUUCUGGGGACCCUCCUCCGCUGUGCUGUGUCUCCUGCUGUUGGUCGCGUGCCAUCCCCGAGGACUGCCCGCUCCCCCGUCGCCCGCUCAUCUUGAGAGUCAUCUUCCCCGGUCAGGACCUGACGGUGCGGCCAACAUGAGACUCACGAUCCUGGCGAUCGCGGUCAUCGCGACCUUGGCCACGGCGUCGGCCUACAAGCCCAAGCGGCAGGUGCAGUACCAGCCUGGAGGCUCUAGGGGAUCCUCGGCGGCGCCCUACGAGGGCUACCAGCAGCAGCAGCCCCAGGCGCAGUCCUUCAGGCCCCAGGUGUCGGCCCCGCCCCAGCAGGGCUACGACCCCAACGCCUACCAGCCCCAGCAGCAGGCGCAGCCCCGGAGGCAGACGGUCCAGUCUUUCGGCGGGGGCCUCGCCAGGCCGCAGCAGCAGCAGCAGAGGCCACAGCAACAGGACAACCGCCAGCAGACGCAGAGCGAGGAGGAGGAGGAGGAGCAGAAGCCCAACCCGCUGACCCUACUUCUGGAGAAGUCCACUUUCACCUGCUCGGGCAAGACUGACGGCUACUACUCGGACAACUCCGUCGACUGCCAGGUGUUCCACUAUUGCGUGGCUGGAGCCAAGCACUCUUGGAUGUGCCCCGAGGGCACCGUCUUCCACCAGGUGCACCUCAACUGCGUCCCCGCGAGCCAGGACAUCUGCAACACGGCUGAGAAGUUCUUCUUUGUCAACGACUACCUCCACAAGGAGCUCGAGUCCCGGGGCCCCAACAACACGGUGCAGUACGCCCAGCGCUACUACCCCGACGGCUACGUGCUGGGAGACCCCUUCACGGUGCCCUCCGGGGGCCAGCCCCAGCCCCAGGCCCCGCAGCAACAACAGUACCAGGAGCCCCGCCAGCAGCCCCAGCCCCAGCCCAGACAGAGGUUCAGGCCGGAGCAGGCCCCCAGGGGUCCCCCCGCCGGCUUCCAGCAGUACCAGCCGCAGCCGCCCUCCUACACCGCACAGGCCCCGUCGCAGCAGCCGGCCUCCUCGCCCGCCCAGUUCGGAGGCGCGCAGCCCAGCCGCGGAUCGGGAAACUUCGGGGGCCUUCCCCCGACCCGCGUCUACACCAUCCCGGCCCAGGCCCGACCCGCCGCCGACGCCACGCCGUCCUACCUCUACCGCCAGGGUGGAUCCCCCUCCACGGCGCAGCAGCAGCAACAGAGCUCCGUCAAGUACGACGAUGACUACUGAGCACUGACAUCGACAACAAGUAGGAGCAGCAUUGUCCUUCCUCCAUCGUCACCCAAAACCGGGAACUUCACCUCCACGAAGCUUCCUCCGCAUCCCGGAUGAAGAGAGAGCCACGACAGAAAGCGGACGCCCCUGAACCACUCUCUCGAUACAAAAAAAAAAAAGAAAAUGCUUCCAACCGACGCAGCCCCGCCGCACACUGGACAGACGUACGGAACCACGAAUUGCAAGAUGCCUCCGUGCCGGCGACAGCUUAUUUUUCGUUACGUUUAAGUUUUUUUUUCCCCCCUAGGUAAACACACGCACCUCUAUACGUCUUUCAACUGCCGCCACAAAAAUACCGAUUCCGUCGGGCGACGAUUUCAGGACGAUACGAGUCAAAUGUGUCAAAACGGCUGCACGCGAGUUGUGUAACCGUCUCCCAAGACAAAGGUCACAAGUCUGUCGCCGCAUCUCGACGGAAACCACCGAUGGCUUCGGGUCUGUCCUCGAAAAACGCCGAGGAAUCGCCGCCAAAAUAAAGAAUCGCAUAGCCAAGGAAAGCUCACGCUUAAGAAAUCAGCUGCAUAAUGAUUUGACCAACUAGGUCGUAGGUGUGUCUCUGAAUCGAAGAAUACAUUUUUUUCACUAGAGUUCUUGGCGCAACGCAAACGAAGCUGCGGGGUUUCUCGUACUUCAAGCAGGGGCCACUACGGUGGCGUCGUCUUCAUCUUUUCGAGUGAAAAUAAAUGUCUUCCACAUCGUUUCUAA